AUGGUGAUGAGCGUGGAGGUGAACUACCGCUACCCUGGGCUUGAGGCAGGCCCAGAUAUGAACUGGGGGCUGCUGAUCCGCAACAUCUCCAGGCAAGAUGGCAUGCAGGUUACUUGCAGCUGGCAAGGAAAUCAAGAGAACGAAAUGGAAGUUCUGGACUACCCUUCUAAGUACGAGUAUGAUGACGAGAACACUGAAGACGAAAUUGAUUCCAAUAUGAACGAUUCAUCAAGCGGCACCUCCAUUCCUCCUUCAGAGAACCUGGAUUUCAAAGAUUUUGCUGUGGAUGGGACACAUUUUCCUUGUAAUGACUCUGUAGCCAGCAACUGGACCCAGAUGGCCGUAUCCUGGAACCCACAUGAAAUAACAAAAGCAGCCCUGAGUAUGAAAAUACAGCAGACGGCUCCUUACCAGCUGCGAGUGUCUUCGGACACUAUCUCCUUACUGCUGCCUUCCGUAACUUUCAGAGAUGCUGGAAACUACUCCUGUUACUGGAAGAACCAAAGUCAGCAUAUUCGGCUGGAGGUGUCAGCAAAGUCAGGCACCUCCAUUCCUCCUUCAGAGAACCCAGUUUUCAAUGAUUUUGCCGUGGAUGGGACACAUUUUCCUUGUAAUGACUCUGUAGCCAGCAACUGGACCCAGAUGGCCGUAUCCUGGAACCCACAUGAAAUAACAAAAGCAGCCCUGAGUAUGAAAAUACAGCAGACGGCUCCUUACCAGCUGCGAGUGUCUUCGGACACUAUCUCCUUACUGCUGCCUUCCGUAACUUUCAGAGAUGCUGGAAACUACUCCUGUUACUGGAAGAACCAAAGUCAGCAUAUUCGGCUGGAGGUGUCAGCAAAGUCAGAGGCAGUUAACUCUUCCACCACCCCAGGUGUUAAGCUGUAUUUUGGAAAACAGCACUGGAUAAUCUGGAUUGUGGCCCUAGGAUACGUGGCUAUCUGCCUUGGCAUCUUCUUCGGGUUACUGCGGUUUCGGCGUGGAGAGCAGGGGUGCUUCAGAGGUGCUCAGGAUGCAAGUCUGCAGGGAGCGCCCACUUGGAAGAAGGGGCUUCUGCCACAAAAGUUCUUCCAGGCCCAACGGAACAGGGAACCAGCCUCUGGUAGGAUUCUACUGCCCUCAGCGAAUGGAGAUGGCAAGGAACCAGCAGAUAUCUUCUCCUAUGAGAAUGUAUUGCCCAAUGUGAGUCCAAGUGGUGGCCAGCAGUCCCUACAGAAAGGGAACACCCUGCCUACUGCCACCAAGGUGGAAGAAGAAGAUGAUGAUGAAGAGUAUGAGCAUCCGGACAGUGAGACAGAACAGAAAUCAGAUGAUGAGGACAACUAUGAGAACACCCAGGAAGAAGUGAAACAGGAAGACGUGGUUUUAAACGCUGACUGUUGGUAUGCGAACAAUUCUCAGAAGGGCCUUCAGGAUCUAGCCCAGGAUCCAGUUUCUGAAGAUGGUGACAACUAUGAAAACGUGGAAGAGGAGAGCUCUCUGAGUCCUGGUGCUGCACGACUUAUAGCAGGUUUGCGCUUGCAGCUGGCUCUGGACCCCCCAGUGGACAAGCAGGAUGGGGGCAGCGAGGCCUCGACAGGUUCCCAGUCCUAUGAAGAGAUGAACGGAACCCUGAGCCCCACCCCCAGCAAAGGUCUCCAUACAAGCAAUGAGGAGGAUGCUGAUUCCUACGAGAACAUGGAGAGCCCCAACUCCUUCAGUUUACAGAAGGAAAGUACCCUGGAUCCACAAGGGGACAGAGCUGCCUUUGGUUCUGUGCGGCAAAAUCUCUCCAUUUCUUUUGGCACUGAUCUCUGA